UCCUCUCAACCAAAAAUAAAACAAAUCUCUCUCUAUCUCUCCUAUUUUUGUCCCAUUUACAUGUUAUUACCUCGAGCUUUUGGCUAAGAUUUUCCACCAAUUCUCUUUAACAUUCUCCUUAGUUUCUGAAAUUGCCCUCAUCGGGUCUCCAAGAGGCCAAGAAAGACCCCUCUUUCUCGGCUUCUCGGAGUCUCAUCAUUCUCUUUUUUUGCAUUUUCUUCCUCCACACGCAACCUCUGAAAAACCCUCAAUUUUAAAAACAAAUGGAUUCCACGGAGCUAAAACGUGUGUUCCAAAUGUUCGACAAGGACGGAGACGGUAGGAUCACUACAAAGGAGCUGAACGAGUCAUUAAAGAACCUGGGUAUCAUAAUCCCCGAAAACGAGCUAACGCAAAUUAUCCAAAAGAUCGAUGUUAAUGGUGACGGUUGUGUUGACAUUGAAGAGUUUGGAGAGCUUUACAAGACGAUAAUGGUGGAAGAUGAGGACGAGGUAGGAGAAGAAGAUAUGAAGGAAGCGUUCAACGUAUUUGAUCGGAACGGAGAUGGGUUUAUAACGGUGGAUGAAUUGAAAGCGGUUUUAUCUUCCUUGGGACUCAAGCAAGGUAAGACCUUGGAGGAAUGUAGGAAAAUGAUAAUACAAGUGGAUGUUGAUGGUGAUGGUAGGGUUGAUUACAAGGAGUUUAGACAAAUGAUGAAAAAGGGUCGGUUUUUUAGCUCUUUGAGCUGAUUAUAACUUUUUUUUUCUCUUGUUUUUAUUUUGUGUUAUUUACUUAACCAUUUUCUCUUGCUGUCUAAAAGGAAAAAAUACAUGACCAUAGACUAUAUAUUUAAUUGUCUAGACUUGCGAAGAGCAAUUUGUAUAAAUCUGUAGGUGUUCUUGUCUAUAAUGUGAUGGCUUUGUUUAACAUUAA